AUGUGGUGCUUUUCCCCUCCAAGGUUGAAAGAACUCUUCAAGAGAACUCUUCAAGAACUCCAGUGCAGCUUGGUGUGGCAAUACUUGGAAAUGAAGUUUUGCUGUUGCCUGAGGAAGAUUUUCAAAAUGGAUGCCUGGAAACUACUUCUUCUUCUCUACAUUUUCACCUUCUCUACAGAGGCAGAGGAGUCUGAAUGCAAUAUAGAUCUUUCUAUAGCAAUUGAUAUUUCAAGGAGCGUGCAGCCAGCAGCCACAAUGCUCCUGAAACAGAGACUGCAAGCAUUCCUCCCCAGACUUCUACUCCAGAUGAAAUCACUGCCAAAUACCAGCUGCAAUGCUCCAGUUGAAAUUGGGUUCAAGUUCCAAGUAUUGGCACAGAACAAACAAUUAAUCUUUGACUCUGGUUUUGAAGAUUAUAAUGAAGAGAUCAUCCAGAAGUUCUUAGGUGCACAGACCACUGUGGACACCUACAUGAAUGCAGACUUUUUGCAGGCACUUGAGGACAACUUUUUUAAUGUGACUUCUGCUAAAGUUAAGGUUCUGUUAGUAUUUUCAGAUGGGCUGGAUGAUUCACUGGAAGACCUGAAGAAAGCAGCAGACUCACUUCGCUUUAAAGGUCUUGAUGCACUUCUGUUAGUUGGCCUGGACAAUACACAGAACUUGACUGAAUUUUGGGAAAUAGAGUUUGGCAGAGGGUUUGGAUACAAUGAACAUCUGAGUGUUGGGUUUGCAGAUAUUGCAAACAUUUUGCAGAGAAAUCUUGUAAGUCCUUCUGUGAUAUAA